ACGAGUCCUGUUGAUUGAACGACGUCGCAGAGUUGCUUGCGAGCAGCGGGGAAGGAAGGUGGUUUUGGAUUCGCGAGCUGUGCACGAAUCGCAUGAUUUCUUACGAGCCUUUUCUAUAUCUAGUCUGCGCAGAUUGGCUCUGAAUCUGCUCACAUUCAUGUAGAAUUCAGAUUGGAUGUCACCUGCUGCGUUUGUCGUUCAAGGAUUGACCAAGAGGGAAGGGCGAGGCAGCGUAUCGAUCAUUAUCGUCGGUAUAGAAAAGCAAGACGGAUUUGCUCGCGUUUUGGUUUUCGUGCGGUGGAGGUGAGGACUGAAUGUGGUGUAGAGCAGAAAAAAGCAAUAGGUUAUGAGUAAUACUCGACACGUGAAGCGUACUUCGUCAAGAGCUUCAAACCCUAAUGCGCGUGCGUUUUGCGGUGGAUAAUCAAGUGUUGUAAAUUUUCGGAGGGUAUUUUGAACGUAAUACAAAGGUUGCGAGUGCGGAGGUGCUAUUUUGGAAGCCAAAUUCUCCCCCAUGCAGUUAAGCAAACAGCGAAUUCUUGAAGAUAGAAUCCGCCAUUUUGUGCACCUUAUAUACUUUUUUUUAAUAGAGGAGCGUAGCAGUUGAGGAAAUGGAGAAGGGUGCGAUGGAGACACCGAGUGCAUCGGAAUCAGCGGCGUGCAUAGACACGAUGGAGCGUCAUCCUCUGAUCAUGGACAGAGAUGAUGUCGACCUUGAGGCGGGUACCGAAGAGCAACCUCAAUGUCGGAUCUGCCUCGAAUCUGACGGUAGAGACUUUAUUGCUCCAUGUAAAUGCAAAGGUUCUCAGAAGUAUGUUCACCGCGAAUGCCUCGACAAUUGGCGCUCAAUUAAGGAAGGUUUUGCAUUUUGCCAUUGCACAACUUGCAAGACUCCAUAUCAAAUCAGAGUCCACAUCCCAGCUGACAGAGAGUGGAGGACACUCAAGUUCCGCUUCUUCGUUACUCGGGACAUAUUGUCCAUCUUUUUAGCGGUUCAACUGGUUAUCUCUUUGUUUGGGUAUCUUGUGUACAUAGUAGAUCAUCGUACAGGAAGCAGGCUUGAACACAUUUGGGGAUUCGUAAACGACUAUCCAUUCUACUACCUCUGUGGUGUUAUCGUUUUCCUUGUGGUUUUGGGCUUAUCUGGAUGUUUCAUGACUUGCUAUGACCGACGCUUACGUAGCGAGUUGGCUCAUCCCUGUCGAGAAGUUUGCCUUUGCUGUUGUGAGGGAGUAUGCGGGGAUUGUCGUGUACCGGGGACCCUGUGCAUGUGGACGGAUUGUGCUAUGUGUUGUGAAGGAUGUGCGGGCUCGCUUGGAGAAUGCACUGCCUGCCUUGGAGGUGCUGGAGAAGCAGCUCCUGUGCUUAUGAUUGUGGCACUCGUGGCUUUGGUGGUAUUUGCAGUAGUUGGGCUUUUCUACAGCGUCCUUGUGGCAACUAUGGUUGGUCAAAGGAUAUGGCAACGACACUACCAUAUCCUGGCAAAGCGGAUGUUAACCAAGUGUGGAGAUGCAGGAGUAUGUAGUGGAAGAUCUCGAUGGUGAAGUUCUGGGACCUGAUUGGGUUCCACCACCCCUUCCUCAAGAGCAUGUCCAACAAUUGAAGUCACUGGGAUUACUUUAAGUUCCCAUCCUCCUACAUGAGGAAGUUGCAUCACAUUCUCUACUUACAGCGUCCUACCAUGAUUCCGGAAGCACUAACGCUUGAGCUUUUAUGAAGAGCUGACUAAGGAUGGGUAUACAUUGCAACCGAGCAUGAGUCUACAAACAAAACAAAUGCUUUGAGAUUGAGUCUCGGUUAGUUACUUCUGCUCUUGAAGGGUCUGCAUGAUGUCCUUUUCAAAUAGGGCUGACUGAAGCUGAAGCAGCAAGCUUCUUAUGUGUUCGUGUCAGUUCUAGAGCUGAAUCAACCAUAGCAAGUCUGGAAUCUGUAGUCGAUAAUGCUCCAGUAGGCUGGACCUAGCUUAAGCUAGCCAUACUAUGUAAUGCUCCAUUUAGUUAGUUUGUGUGUCAGCCUUGAAGUGGGCAUGAAUGGAAAGGGUGCAGAUGGAGUCCCUUAAUGAUCAUGUAUCAAUAUAUGAGGGAUUUUGUAGCUUCAGGAUGGUUGCUCUUCCGCUCACAACAUCGUGGAAACAUAUCCAAACUUUGAUUAUUAUGAAUGUAUUUGAGGGAAUGAGAAGCAUUUUCUCAUAGUUGGAAUGAAAGAUGUCAAAGAUGAUGGAA